AUGCCCGGUUCUGACGCCUCGCUAGACGAUGUGUUGUCUAAUGCUUCAUACGAAGACGAUGACCUUCGUAUAGCGCAACAAGAGUGGGAGGAGAGCUUACAUCAACUGCAGCAGCUCGUUUCGAUAGUGCUUUUACCUGUCUUUGGUAAAUGGCUAGGACGACGAUGGAGCCAGUGGGCAUAUGCUCGUUAUCUUCGGGUGGGUCUGGGUAAAGCUUUCUUUACGGGCUGA